AUGUGGCCCCUGGUGUGUGCACUGGCCCUGGCUGCAUGCUCGUCGGUCAGCCCCCUCCUCCAAGAGACCACCUCUGAUCCUCCCAUUUCUACAGAGACACGGACUGAAGUACGGACACAGCCAGACCAUCAGACAGAGGCACAGACACGUGCAGAGUUUCAGACCCAGCCAGAGCUACGGACAGAGGCACAGACUGUGGCACAGACACAGGCAGAGCUACAGACACAGCCUGAGCUACAGACGGGGUCCCCAACAGAGUUAGAGUCACAGGCAGCUACCAGCAACCACACAGGUCUGUUGUGUGUGUCCGUGCUUCCCCCGAGGCGGGGGUCGUUCUAUGUAGAGCGUGGGACGGGGGUGUCGGUGGGUACAGUGCUGGCCUUCUGGUGCAGGGAGGGCUACCAGCUGGUGGGCAGUGAUAAGAUCUCCUGCAGCGUCCGGGCAGGCAAACCCCAGUGGAGCAACUUCCUGCCAGUCUGUGAGGCCAUCCCGAGGCCAGAGGACCGGGGUCUGCGCGUGGCCGUGCUGGCUUCGGUGGUCAGUGGCAUCGUCAUCCUGGCAAUGUCGCUCUCCUUCAUCAUCUGCUGCCUGCAGGAACGCACUGGGAAGGACAGGGGCUCCAGGAGGGACGGCAGGAGCAGGCGUAGAGACACGCGGUCUUCUCGGCGUAGUGAGUGCUGGCUGGAGAGAGAGGAGGGGGAUUGGGACACGUACCCCCCUCCUAAGAUCUUCCACCUGUCCCAGCGGCCGGACCUCCGGCUGGCUGCAGAGAGCCCGGUCUACCUGGGGGGCAUGGCCGGCUUCGACAACCGCGGAUACCAGAGGAGUCAGGAGAGCCUACUGAAGGCCCCGCUUCCUGGUCUGUUCCGGGCAGAGAGUCAGAUCAUCUACCCCCACGUAGUGCUCCAGAGAGUCCCCACCCCCACCGCCCCGACUGCCCCUACAGCCCCUGUUUACCUCCACAACAUGCCCUCCAACUCUGCCUCCAACUCUGGAUGUGCUCCCUCACAGCCACACCACAUGCCCCCAUACCCUACCCCGCAGUAUCCUAUCCAAAACUCCACCCCCCAGCGAGUUCCAUGGCAAACGCAGCCCCAUUGA